GGGGUGAGGGGCGCUCAGAGGGACGGCGGGCGGGGGUCCCGGCUGGGGGUCCGAGGAGUGAGGUUUCCGGAGCUGCGCCAUGGACCAGCCAGAGCCGCCCGCCCCCGCUCCCGAAGGCGACACAGUGAAGUAUGACAACGAGGAGGACGAGGGGGAACAGUUCGACUUUGACAGCGGAGAUGAGAUUCCAGAAGCAGAUCGACAGGCUGCGGGUGCAGACGCCGCCUCUGGCUCAGGUGACGUUGGGACGGGAGCAGACACGGAUGCCCCGGCAGAGCCCACCGCCCGUGAGGUCCCGACCAGGGCCAGCCCCUACUCCGUCAUCGACAUCGCGCCCUUCCAGGAGGAGCAGUGCCCGCCCGCAGACCCGGGCCCUGAGGACGGCGGCCUGAGCCUGCCUGUGCCCAGCGGGUACUCGGUGCCCGUGCCCUGCGGCUACGCCGUGCCCUGCAACCUGCCGCUGCUCCUGCCGGCCUACUCCAGCCCCGUCGUCACCCAUGCCGCGUCCCUGCAUGGGGAAGAAACACAAGAGGUAACAGAAGACGGCCAGUUUAAUUCUUUAAGUUCUGAGGAUCCAAUGAACAGCGACGACCGGGUGCACAAGGAGGACAGUGUGCUCGCCCGGUGGGUUGCGGACCCGGCCAACACUGCGUGGAUGGAGAGUAGGUACCGCACGCCACCAGGAACCUGGCGGGGCCAUCCCGGGAUCCUCGCCGGGCACCGUGUGGAUGCCGCCCCGGGGUUGCAGUGCCAGGAGUCCAGCCCCGACCGCGUCACGCUCUACAGUCUGAUGAUGAAGCCCAUACAGAGGUUCCCACAGUUCAUUCUGCUGCUCCAGGACAUGCUGAAGAAUACAUCCAAAGGCCACCCUGACCGGCUGCCCCUUCAGAUGGCGCUGACAGAGCUGGAAACCUUAGCGGAGAAGCUGAAUGAGAGAAAGAGAGAUGCCGACCAGCGCUGCGAGAUCAAGCACGUCGCCAAAGCCAUUAACGAGAGAUACCUGAACAAGCUUCUCAGCAGUGGGAAUCGGUACCUCGUGCGAUCCGACGAUAUGAUAGAAACCGUUUACAACGACAGAGGGGAGAUCAUUAAAACCAAGGAGCGCCGCAUCUUCAUGCUGAGCGAUGUGUUAAUGUGCGCCACGGUCAGUGCACGCACCUCGGACAGCAACACGCUAAUGUCAGCCAGCCAAAGGUAUUUAUUAAAGUGGAGCGUUCCUCUUGGACACGUGGAAGUAAUAGAGUAUAGCAAAAACGAUGGUGCUGGAGAAAACAGGUGUCCCCCUGUGCACCCACCCGAGAGCCUGGCGGUGGUCGCCAACGCUAAGCCAAACCAGGUCUACGUGGGGCCAGGGCAAUUGUAUCAAGACUUACAGAACCUGCUGCAUGACCUAAACAUCGUCGGUCAGAUCUCUCAGCUCAUCGGGAACCUUAGAGGAAACUACCAGAACUUAAACCAGUCCGUGGCCCACGAUUGGACGUCGGGUUUACAGAGGCUCAUUUUGAAGAAGGAAGAGGACAUCCGCGCGGCAGAUUGCUGCCGAAUCCAGCUGCAGCUCCCGGGGAAGCAGGACAAGUCGGGGCGGCCCACGUUCUUCACUGCUGUGUUCAAUACCUUCACCCCUGCGAUCAAAGAGUCUUGGAUCAACAACCUGCAGAUGGCUAAGCUCGCCCUGGAGGAAGAGAACCACAUGGGCUGGUUCUGCGUGGAAGAUGAUGGGAAUCAGAUCAAGAAGGAAAGACACCCUCUCCUCGUGGGACACAUGCCAGUGACGGUGGCCAAGCAGCAGGAGUUCAAGGUGAUGGGGGGGACCUGGAGAUGGG